UCUUCAUCGAGGAAAAAAGGAAGACGCAAACAAAUCAAAGUCACCCAAAGCCGACCCGAAACCACGGGCGCACAGCCCCGAUUGAAUGCUUCCGUGCGACUGCUAUUUACCGAAGCUGUCGUGUCCAUAAUUGCAUCACGAAACACCCAACCACCGAUGUCACAAACAAGGACUGGAAACAGUACAUUGUCUCUGGCCCAGACGACGCCGCAGUAAACCGCCCGGCAACCAACAAACGCCUACCGCCGCCCCUCUCAGCGAAAAACACCCCUCCCCCGGCAGCCAGCGACAAGGCGGCUCUUGCGGGAUAUGCAGCGCCAGCCCAUGCCACCCGCGGCCGACACGAAGACGACAACCCGACGACAAUAGCAAGCCAAAAAAUGGCGACGCCGACGCCGGAUCCGAAAACCUACUAUGGCUACCUCUUCGAUGCGACCAAGGGACCCACACCGGUGCUUGAUGCCUUAUUGAGGGCUAUCGCGCAGCACAUUAUGGAAGAGAUCGGCGACAAGACAACAAAUGCACUGAUCCCAGACAAAUUGGCCGCCUUUUUCAAAACAGUUGGGGGUAACCUGGAUGCUUUCCUCACCAAAUCCUCCCGAUCUGUUUCUUAUGUAUGGCAAGUGCUCGGCUGCCAACAUACCCUUCAACCGACCGAAGAUGACUACACCGCCCCAUCAGUGCCAGCCCUUACCCCCAAGGGCUUCGUGCGCUGGAUGAGCAUAAACAUAUUACUUGACCCCCAGGAGUACUACACCUACAUCCAGUACUGUUUGCAAAAUUGGGACCUCAAACACCCCAAGACGGGCGAGCCUUUUCCGACAGAGCUGCCCCGGGAAGCCCUCCCCAUAGACACGGACAAGGAUGUCGGCGACUGGCACGAGAAGUGCGCCGAGACGUUGCGCCGGGAAGCAACUCCAAAGGAGGACGUCUCGGCGACUUUCCCGGAUCCAAGGGUUAAGGAGGCCUACUCGCACGUUCGAGGAGGUGCUGUCCCUGUCUUCACCUCAAAGACCAGGAUGGCAUCUCCUCGCGCCAGACCAUCUCGACCAGUGCAUUUCAGUCAUGUUCCGCCCGGAAGGGGGGCAAACCUGGCACCCUCUCCAGAGCGUGGCCCCCGUAAGCCGAUGUCGCCAGAGGAAGAGCGCAGGCGUAGCUUUUCCGACUACGCCGGUGCCGGUCCGCCCGACGAGCAGCCACCACAGACGCACUCUCGCUCAUCCGAGCACCUGCGUGCGCCCCGUCCCAUGCCUGCUCGUCGACACAGUCAACCGAGGCACUAUUCGUCCCCUAGCGACUCGGAAGGGCCACGGAGUCCAGCACGCCACAGCCCAAAGAGGCGGAACCAUACUCAUACUCGCUCGAGCUCGUCCAACGAGCCCACGAUAGUGCCAGUCCGGCGUGCCAACACGGCUCAAACACUUCCAAACAAGAUGCGCGCUGCCAGCCCCGCGGAGCCCGUCUCACCUGGAGGGAACUCUAAAGCUGAUAGCCAUGACGAGCGGCGUUCUCGCCGGCGCGAAGACCGCGCUGAAGAGCCACGCCGGACUGGAUUUUUGCCAUUCGGGAUUCAAGAAAAGAUGUCCUCGCUGUUACACGGCCAGCGUGGGUCCAAUGAAAACCUACGCAGUUCUGCACGCUCGCAUAAUCGACAUGGGCGCGAAACCCCGUCCGGGUCCAAGCUCAACCGAGCCUGGGUUCACGACGAAGAUUAUGACAGCUAUCCCGACUCUGACGACAGCCGUGAAAGGCAUCGAAGGCGGCGUAGGGAUAGGGAACGGGAGCGGGAGCGGGAGCGCGACAGAGACCGUGACAGAGCCGACCGGGAUCAUCACCGCGACAGGGAUCGCGACAGAGAUCGGGACAGAGAAAAGGGCAGGGACGAUGAUAGGGAGCGAAGGACUCCAAGAGACAGAGAUCGCGAUAGGGAUAGAGAACGGGACCGCGAAAGGGAUAGAGACAGGGAGAGGGAUCGUGAUCGCGAGCUCGAGCGAUAUGGAGACCGGGCGAGGUACACACACCGACCUGACGCGCAGCGGCGCACCAGCAGUCACGCUGAUGUGGACAGGUGGCGCGGAGUCGACCUGGAAGACUUCAACUUCCGCGAACAGCGGGAGGAGCAGCCCAGGGAACGUGAUAGGGACAGGGAUAGCCCAAGAGACAGGGACAGUCCACGGGAGGAACGGAGGCGCGUGGCGAGCCCGGCCGUACAGGUCACGGGGGUUGGCGGGCGGAAGUAUCCUGAUCCGCCUUGGUCGCCAUGAGGUCAUAUAAGUUUAUGAUUUGGUUUUAACGUUUUCUUCCUUUUUUAAUACUCCUCUACAAGAACCAGAAACAGGGGUUUGAGGCUGUAUGUUUGUUAUCAGGCACCUUAAUUAGACGCCAUAUUUUUUUUAGGAUGAAAGGAACCAAAUCAAACGGAAGGAUGAACGAGACGAUUGCAUUGG